UAUUGUUUCUUAUCUUUAUCGCCAAAUUAGACUUCUUUUUUCAUUUUCAAAUUUAUUUUUAAAUUUGUUUUCAAGUAUCAAUAUUUAGAGUGAUUGAAAAUAAUUCAUUCAUUUUAGAAUAACAAGUUUUGAGAGAUUGAUUCUGAUAUGCUGGAAUACUUGAAUUCGAAACCAAUUGCAGGAACAGUACUGUGCUUAGCUAUAGGCAUCUUUUUAUUGGAUUCACAUGUGGAUGCUUCAACUAUAAAAUCUAGAGGCAGCUCUGAAGAGCGUUCCGAAGAAAGUAAUAAUAUCAUAGAAUGGGUCAGGUAUUGGGAUUGGAACAGAGACCGGAGCAUGGAUAAACAGAAGAACUUUAAAUGUCCAUCGUCCAACGGUAGAUUCUCCGAUAUCGAAGAUUGCUCAGCAUACUUCAUGUGCAGAAAUUGGAAUUCCAUGUGGAAACCCUGUCAAGGAAGGAAACGCUUUGAUAGGUACAGAAAAGUAUGUCUACCAUUCAAUAUUGCCGUAUGUGAUGACGGAAGUGACGACAAAAAGACGACGGAUGGGGUAGUUGGAACCACAACUCCUAUAGAUGAUUCAUUCACGUGUCCAAAAGUCAGGGGAUAUUUUCCUGAUCCAAAUGACUGUUCCAAGUACUACAUAUGCACUUUCUUUGUUCCAAGUUUGAGAAGAUGUGAAAAGAAUUUUCUCUAUGACGGAGUCAGUAAACAUUGCAGAAGAGAGAGAUAUGUGAACUGUGGAUCCAGGAAAAGACCAACAAGUGAAACCACAGUCAGUACAACUCCUAUACCAACAACACCAGAACCUACUACAACUACCUGCACCCCACCAACCACUCCACAGCCAACCACCACCCCACCCACCACUACACAACCAACCACAACCCCACCUACCACUACACAGCCUACCACCACCCCGCUCACCACUACACAAGCAACCACCACUCCACUUACCACUACACAGCCAACUACCACCCCGCCCACCACUACACAACCAACCACCACCCCACUUACCACUACACAGAAAACCACCACCCCGCUCACCACUACACAAGCAACCACCACUCCACUUACCACUACACAGCCAACUACCACCCAGCCCACCACUACACAACCAACCACCACCCCACUUACCACUACACAGCCAACCACCACCCCGCCCACCACUAUACAACCAACCACUACCCCACCUACCACUACACAGCUUACCACCACCCCACCUACAACUCCACAGUCAUCCACUCCAACUCCAAAACCAACUGGGCCACCUGAAACAGAUUGUGAUGAGGAUGAUUUAGACUGCAUCAUUAAAGAAACUGGUGAGAUUUCUGUAUGGUUUGAAUGCCCAGAAGCAAUUGGAGCCUAUCGCCAUCCAAGUAGCAAUAAGCUCUUCAUUUUCUGUAAGAAUGGGAAGCCAUUUGUGAAGAAGUGUGGUCAGAAGUUGGUGUAUUCUGAACAAAUGAGAACUUGCGUUACGCCAUAA